AUGGAAGUUGGUGGUGUAUUGGUGACUGGAAUUCAUGCAAAUUCUUAUACAGUGAAUAGAAGAGAUUUGUGGAAGGAUUUAUAUGAAAUAAGUUUACUGGAUAAACCUUGGCUUUUAAUAGGUGACUUUAACACGGUGUUAAAUGCAGAUGAGAAAAAGGGUGGUAGGAGUCCUCUAAAUGCUGCAAUGAGUGAUUUUAAUGAUUGUAUUGAUGCUUGUGGUUUAAUUCAGGCUCCUAAAAGUGGUCUAGAUCCUGCUGCCAGAGGGAUUUCUGAUCAUGGUCCCCUUAUUGGUUCUGACAUUCUAAUUGGAAGGGCUUUAAAUACUCCUUUCAAGUUCCAACAAAUGUGGCUUACUCAUCCUUCCUUCUUACAAGUGGUUGUUGAUUCUUGGAAUGAAGAUAUCACUAGCAACUAUGAGAUAGCUGCUAAUAACUAUAACACUUUUUUGAGAGAUAAAGCCAGAAUGAAUUGGAUUAAGGAUGGUGAUGGUAUUUCAGAGAUUUUAAUUGACUACUUCAAGAAGAAAUGUGAAUAUCAUACAGUUCAGAUAAAUGAUUCUAUAUUAGAUGUUGUGCCUCAUCUUAUAUCUGAAGAUGAUAAUCUAUACUUAGAAGAGUGUCCAAAUGAAGAGAAAAUUAAGAGAGUUGUUUUCAAUCUGAAUGCUGGUAGUGCACCAGGUCCUGAUGGGUUCACUGGAACUUUUUAUAGAGCAGUUUGGGAAAUCUUUAAGGGCAACUUAUUGGAGGCUAUUCAAUUCUGCUGGAGAAACAACAUAAUACCAAGUGGUAUGAAUUCCAACUUUCUUGUCUUGAUUCCUAAAAUUAAAGGAGCUAAAACUGCUAAAAUCUUUAGACCAAUUGGUCUUAGUAACUUCUGCUUUAAAAUUAUCACUAAGAUCAUUACUGAGAGAAUUACUAGCUACCUGCCAAAUCUUGUUUCUCAGCAGCAAUAUGCUUUUGUCAAAAAUAGAAAUAUCAAUGAGCAAAUUUUGUUAGCUUCUGAACUAGUCAAUGAGAUUUCAACUAUUAGAAGAGGGGGAAAUGUGGAUCUCAAACUAGAUAUUUCACAAGCUUAUGACACUAUGAGUUGGGAAUUUUUAUACAGAGCCUUAAAAAAAUUGGAAGAUUCAUCAAUUAGUUAUGGAAAGAAAAAUUCAGCCAAUGGUGAUAAGAAAUGGUAUUUAUCCUACUCAUUAAUGUUUGCUGAUGACAUCUUCUUGUUUUGCAAUGGAGGAAAGAAAAGUAUAGAACACCUGAAAACACUCUUAAUGGAAUACCAAGCUGCUUCUGGUCAAAUCUUUAAUGCUUUACUAGCUUCAUGGAGUGGUAAGAUUUUAAAUUUUCAAGCUAGGCUCACUUUGGUAAAUCAUGUACUGAGUAGUAUCCCUAUUUAUAAUCUAUCCAUCUAUAAAUGGCCUAGAAAAGUUCUAGAAGCUUGUGAAAAAAUUAUUAGGAACUACUUAUGGUCUGGCAAUGCUGAAGAAAGAAAAUGUAUUACCUUAAAGUGGGACAAUGUUUGUACCUCUAAAGAAGAAGGUGGUCUGGGUAUCAGAAAGCUAGAAGAUGUGAAUAAGGCUCUCUUAAUGAAAGUUUUGUGGAAGAUUCUUAACUUCCAGGAUGAAUGGGCUAAGUUCUUUCUUGCUAAGUAUAUGGAUAAAAAUGGAAAAUGGAUUACUUUCUACAGGAAAUCCUCUGUAUGGAAUGGUAUUCGAUGUGUCCUCCCAGAUUUCAUUGAAAAUACUAUACGGAUAGUUGGUAAUGGUGCAAAAGUUUCUUUGUGGAAUGACAGAUGGAUUUUUGAGGAACCAAUAUGCAAGCUAUUUCCUAAUCAUCCUUAUAUUGCCUUGCAUCCCCACCUAAAAGUCCAAGAUUUGAUUGUUGAUAAUCAUUGGUGCUUUCAUGAAGACUUUCUUCAAUUCUUUACUAUUGAUCAACUGCCUAUACUGGAAGAAGGAGAAGACUUGCUUAUCUGGAGUAACAGUCAUUCUGGGGUUUUUACUGUUCUGAUGCUAUCAAUAAAAUUAAACUGCACCGACCUAAAUUACAUUGGUAUAAAAAGAUCUGGAAUCCUGCAGCGCUACCUUCAACCUCUGCAAAUAUGUGGAAGAUUGCUAGAAAUAGGGAAUCCAGGCAAUGCAGGCUAUGGCUUUGUGGUAAGAAAUCGUGUUGGAGCUUUUAUCUUUGCAAAAUCUGGUGGUCUGGGGAUUACUACUAACUAUGUAGCAGAAUUCAUAUCUUGUAUAAGAGCUUUAGAAUGGGCAGUUGAGCAACAAUCUUUCCAGUUAAUUCUGCAAUCUGAUUCUAGCAUGUGUGCUAAGGCCUUACAAGAACAGCAAAUCCCUUGGUUCUUGCUUGCUAGAUGGAAGAGAAUUAUGGUUAGUAUUCACUCUAUCACUUUCAGACAUGCCUACAGAGAGAUCAAUUUCUCAGCUGAUCAUUUUGCUAAGAAGGGGACACAUUUGCGGAAGGGGCAGAUAAUGAGUUUCAAUGAAAGGCCAAGCAACUUUCUAAGGCUUGAAUCCCCAGGGAAACCAUACUACAGAUUUUUUUAG